AUGUCAACCCAGUUCUCAGGAGCGGCCGUUGCUGCGCAGCACAACCCGUUCCAGCACGCAUACAAGAAGUCUGCGCUCUAUAGCCAGAUCGACUCGGGCUCCAACACGCCGAUGAACGUGUCACCCACCUCGCCACGCACCAUGAGCCACCUGCCGACAUAUCCCCAGCAUGCCCCGGCGCUUCGACCGCUGAAGACGCCUGGCUACAUCCCCGCAGCGUUGCGUAGGACGGAGAAGCCUGCUGGACGAUCGCCGCCCAACCUUGACUCCGGCAUGGAUACACCGAAUACCAGCUGGAGCACGGGCGGUUUGUUCGGACAGAGCACCGGCGAUAUUACGUCCAUCUCUCGCGUCGCGACGGAGGAUAUGCGAUCCAUCUACGACGACACCCCGCUCUCUCCUGUGGCAGGACCGAUUACGCGCAACCACUGGCAGCCUGACAGUUCGACUGUCGUGUGUACCGCCUCGUGCUGCCAGCAGCCGUUCGGUCUCUUCAUGCGUCGCCAUCACUGUCGCAAGUGUGGCGGCAUCUUCUGCUACCAGCACCUCCAGAAGCAGGUUCGCCUCAACGAGCACGCCUUGUUCCACCCCGAGGGUGACUGGCACAAGGCUUGCGAUCGUUGCCACACGCAGUUCCGCGAAUGGGAGCAGAUGCGCUCUAGCCGCACCAAUAGCGAGAGCUCUGGCAGCAUCGAGAGCCCCGCUGCCGUACAGAUCGAGCCGCCGCAGGCGAAGCGCCCAGAGUGUGCUCCCAAGGCUAGCUUCCUGUCACAGAGCUUCGGUGGUGGCACCUGGAACUGGAGCACUUUCUAG